GGGGAUCCGAGUGACCGUUCGGCGAGAAGGGAGGCAGGGGAUUGGGAUCUGAUCGAAUUUGCUGCUCGGAGAUUUUCGGUGCGGAACGUCGUGCCGCUGUGGUGGUGGGGAGACAAUGGCUGCGGCUAAGUGUGCAGAGAUUGCAUGUAGCGGUAGCUUGUGGUGCAAUGGGGGAGCUGACAGUGCUGCUCUGCAUCGUAGGGAGUUGGGGAGUGUGAGGAUAUCUGGAUCCAGGUGCCGGGGUCACAAUCUGGGCCUCGUGACUGCCUUGGCAGCUGAAGAUAUUUCUGACAAUGAGGUAACACUUCUUGACUAUGGAGGUGGAAAUGUGCAAAGUAUCAGGAAUGCCAUCAAGCUCAUGGGUUUCAACAUUAAAAAUGUCCACUCGCCGAAGGACAUUGAAAGCGCUAAGCGCCUUAUAUUUCCUGGAGUUGGAGCGUUUGCAGCAGCUAUGGAUGUUUUGGAGUCAAGAGGGAUGGCAGACCCAUUGAAGGAUUAUAUUAGGCAAGACCGCCCCUUUCUCGGGAUCUGUCUUGGUUUGCAGCUCUUGUUCGAUUUCAGCGAAGAGCACGGUCAUGUGGAGGGGCUUGGACUUAUACCAGGUGCUGUUUCUCGGUUUGAGGCUACAAAUGGGCUAAGAGUGCCCCAUAUCGGCUGGAACGGCGUCAAACUGAGAUAUCCCUCAGACCUGCUGGAGGGUGUGAAUGGACGUCAUGUUUACUUCGUGCAUUCGUAUCGUGCAGUCCCUAGCGAAGCGAACAAUGAUUGGGUGCUUGCAACUAGCAACUAUGGAGGCGAAUUUGUUGCCGCUGUCAAGAAAGGAAAUGUUCAUGCAGUGCAGUUUCACCCUGAGAAGAGUGGAGUUGUUGGCCUGGACAUCCUGAGAAGAUUUCUAGAUGGAGGUCGCUCCUCAGAUGCCGAGAGAGUUGCUCAUUUAGCAAGUCAGCAUAACUCACAUCCAGCUUCUUCAUUGGCGAAAAGAGUUAUCGCCUGUUUAGAUGUGCGAUCAAAUGAUGCUGGGGACCUUGUUGUUACCAAAGGGGACCAAUAUGAUGUUCGAGAGGCAGGUGAUGGACGUGAGGUGCGCAACUUGGGCAAACCCGUGGAGCUCGCAGGGCAGUAUUUCAAGGACGGAGCUGAUGAAGUUACUUUCUUAAACAUCACUGGUUUUCGAGAUUUUCCCCUGGGCGACAUGCCAAUGCUUGAGGUAUUGCGUAGAGCAUCGAAGGAAGUAUUUGUUCCGCUAACAGUGGGUGGAGGUAUUCGCGAUUUCACCGAUUCAGCGGGCAGGUUUUACUCAAGUCUGGAAGUUGCAUCUGAGUAUUUCAGGUCCGGGGCCGAUAAGAUUUCUAUUGGAAGCGACGCAGUGUAUGCUGCAGAGGAGUACCUGAAAACCAAGGUCAAGACAGGAAAUACAAGCUUGGAACAAAUCUCAUAUGUUUAUGGGAAUCAGGCAGUUGUGGUGAGCAUUGACCCACGAAGAGUUUAUGUUAAAAGUCCAUCUGAAGUAUCUCACAAGACUGUGAAAUGUAGCAAACCAGGUCCAAACGGAGAGGAGUAUGCUUGGUAUCAGUGCACGGUGAAUGGUGGUCGGGAAGGCAGACCAAUUGGAGCUUACGAGUUGGCUCAAGCAGUGGAGGCGUUAGGUGCUGGCGAAAUCUUGCUCAAUUGCAUCGACUGUGAUGGUCAAGGGCAAGGAUUCGACACUGACUUAGUUGAAUUAGUGUCCGAAGCUGUCACCAUACCAGUAAUUGCGAGCAGCGGUGCAGGCGCUGUGGAACAUUUUUCUGAGGUCUUCAACAAAACUGGGGCUUCAGCUGCUCUCGCUGCAGGAAUAUUCCAUCGGAAAGAGAUAUCUAUUGCCUCAGUCAAGGAACAUUUGGUUGAAUCUGGAAUGGAGAUGCGACUUGUAUAGAUACAGCGGAUGGCGGUAAAGGUUGAGCCUAAUCAUUUUUGAGAUAGAGGAUAUUUAUGUGCGUCUUUGGAGAUUCAUACCGAUUUUGUCUCUUGUUCAAUUCUUUAUGCCGCAAAAGGCAUCCGUCCAAGUUUCAUGAACGCAAGUUGGUACAAAGAGGAUAGACGAGGUAAUUUGGAGCCUGAAUUCGGAAGGUCUUUUUUUGUAUUUAUCUUCAGCAUAAUUUGCAGCGUUGAGUUUAAACACAUGUUUACACACAUGUGCUAUGAGAAGUCUUGUCCAACACAAUUUUGAGUGUAUUUCGAACUUAUUUGAAUGAAUAAAAUUUGGUUAUUGCCCGUUCUACUU